GACCCCCGCUUGCAUUCCAGCUGCUAACUGCAAUAGCAGAUUGACUCACUGCAAGUGAAGCAGCAGAAGCCGAGCCCUCUGUCUCUCUGAGAACAGACAAAAACCAUGGCCAGUAAAAUCCAGGGUUUGAGUGAGGAGGAGAGGGACCACUUACUCCCCCUGCUACGGAACGCCCAAUGGGUGGAGGUUGUGGGAAGGGACGCCAUCUACAAAGAGUUCAUCUUCAAAGACUUUAACCAGGCCUUUGGCUUCAUGUCCAGGGUGGCACUACAAGCUGAGAAGAUGGACCAUCACCCCGAGUGGUUUAAUGUGUACAACAAGGUCCAAAUCACACUCAGCACACAUGACUGUGGGGGCCUCUCUCAGAGAGACAUCACUUUGGCUACCUUCGUUGACCAAGCAUCGGUCCUCUAAACAACUCGUGGCCUGCUGCCAUUUCAGUUGAUCAUUUCAAUGGUUGAACCCAGAGCAGAGCCUGCCUAUUAAUCGGUCUCCAUACAUUCAUUCAGAUGACUAACCUUUAACAGGAACAGGAAAUUAUCAAACAGGAAAUUACAUCACAGAAUCCCAAUUAAUAUUUAAUGUUUACAGGUCACUUUUAAUUCCCAAACAUUUUGCUGGUGUGGUGUUUGUUGCUAGACUGAUGAAGCCAAAUAUACCUUUAAAAAAUUGCUUUGGUGGAAAGUGGAUUUAUUAGCAACCAGUGAUUAGCCAGUAAAAAUACCAUAGAUACUGUAUAUCAAACAUUCCUCUGUCCCCAACUGAGCGGAAUCAGGUAAUGUAAAAUCAAGUGUCUAAUGUACAUAUUACUCUAGCUUGGACUCUAAACUUUUGAAAUCUGGGGAAAAUCAGUUUGUUCAUUCCAACAUAUUUGCUAUAUAAAACAUUGACUUUGUUGUCGGUCUGUCUAGUC